CAAUAUAGCAAUAGCAGCAGCAGCAGCAGCACCCUCUUCCCUUUUAUGGGCUCUAUAAAUUCUCCAAACCCCUCUCAUUUUCCCAUUCCCUUAUGCUCUCUCACUUCUCUCUUCUUUUACCAUAAAAAAAAAACUAUUUCUCUCUCUCAAAUAAAUAUAUAUAAAAAUUUCAUCUUUUUUCCUCACUACCUUCAAAAACUCCUUCACAAUGCCAACCUUCCCUCUUCUUCUUCUUCCUCCUGCUCUUUUUUUCCUCUCAAAUUUGUUUCUCUCCAUUACAUCCAACUCUGAAGGUGAUGCUUUGUAUGCCUUGAGGAGAUCAGUAAAGGAUCCAAACAAUGUCUUACAAAGCUGGGAUCCAACUCUUGUUGAUCCUUGUACCUGGUUCCAUGUCACUUGUGAUUCCGCUAACCACGUCACUCGCCUUGAUCUUGGAAAUGCAAAGCUAUCGGGCAACUUAGUCCCCGAGUUGGGAAAUCUCGAGCACCUUCAAUACUUGGAAUUGUACAUGAAUCAAUUGGUGGGUCCUAUUCCAAAAGAGAUCGGACGGUUGAAAAGCCUCAUCAGCUUAGAUCUCUACCACAACAACCUCACUGGCCCCAUUCCUUCUUCCAUCAAAAACCUCUCCAAUCUCAACUUCCUGAGAUUGAAUGGGAACAAGCUCAGUGGAAGAAUACCAAGGCAACUCACAAAACUUGGCAACCUAAAAAUCAUUGAUGUGUCGGAUAACGAUCUGUGUGGGACGAUCCCAACAUCAGGCUCCUUCUCCAAGUUCUCGGAGGAAAGUUUCAAGAACAACCCAAGAUUGGAAGGGCCAGAACUAAUGGGGUUUGUGAGAUAUGAAAAUGGAGGAACCUGCUGAUGUUUUGACUUGAUGUGCCUCAGUUAAAAGGAGAAAGGGUUUCUGUAUUGUAAAAAUAGUAUCACUUAUAAUACUCCAUAUCAAAAUAUUGUAAUGUAAACUUUUGGGAGGUCAUUCUGGUUAGCACUUUCUAAAUCAUUCAGGCAGAUGUUGAACAAUAUUCAAAACAAAAGUUUGCACAAAUUCUAGCUAAAUAAAGAGAGAAAAAAGUACAAAAGGAAUUUUGAAGCUGAA